UUUCGCUUACUUCAAGAAAUCUAUGGGCACUGCCUAAAACCCAAACAUACACUGCUCAAAUCAGGACGUGAUAACACUGUAUAUGGAGAAUUGAUGCCGAUCUUCCUUGAACGCCUAUUCAACGAGGCCAAUCUAGUGGAGGAUUCUGUUUUCUUAGAUUUGGGUAGUGGAGCUGGGAACACAGUUGCACAGGCUGCACUAACUCACAGAUGUAGAUCAUUCGGUAUCGAGAUCCGCCGAGAUGUAGCAGCCAUUGCGGAGACUAUGCUUCGAACAGCCAUUGUAAGAAGCGAGAUUUGGGGUAUUCCCAUUGGAAAAAUGGAGGUUGUCUGUGGAGAUAUGCUUCAAAGUGCAGAGGUAAUUGAAUGGAUAAAUACGGCCGAUCUUGUUCUGGUCAAUAACCGGAUUUUUCCUUCAUCUCUUAACGAGAAGAUCAAGAACCUAAUAAAGACCAUGAAACUUGGCGCAGUACUCGUCUCUCUGGUAUCGUUUCAGCUUUGUGGGGUCAAUCGCUCCGGCGCAGCUCGAAAAGGAACCGACGAUGUGGGUGCGAUGUUUGAAGUCCGUCAAAGUCAUUAUUCCUCGGAUGAUAUAUCGUGGUCGAGUAAGGGAGGGAAUUAUUAUGUCCAUACGAAAAUCCGGUAG